AUGGAAGGUGUCAUUGAGACAGGUAAAGAUGGUCAGGACGAAUGGGGCGGUGGUAGCACGGAAGAAGUUCCAGGCAAUCCGAGAGUCGGCGUGCCGAAGGAGCAGGGUGCGCCCAUGGACAACAGGGGUACCAUUCCGGGAGCGGGGACAGGGGCUGACCGGGCAAAGGACCUCGCCGGUGGACGGACGACUGCGGGAUAUAUGGAGGGGAAGAUUGGCGGGGCAACAGCGGAGAAUCAGGGGGAUGCGGCUGCCGACAAUGCGGACGACAAUGCGGACUCCGAGGUCCGCAUUGUCGGGCAUAUCCUGCCCAGCGGAACUCAACCGCAAGAUGGCGAACCUCGAGCGGGAGAACCAGCGGACCAACCGAGGAGCUUUGCAGGGAUGACCUUUGAGUUGGAUUCGGACGAUGACGAUGACGUCUCGACCGGCUCUUCCUAUGGGGCAUCUGGGGCCAUCGACGAACCUGCCAUCUCAAGUACGCAUUUUGAGCGGCACAUGAGGUCCUUAAAAUGGAUGUACGCUCAGCUACAACUGCGGGAAAACAAUUAUAUUCGACUACGGAACCUGCUCAUGCGAGACCUUGCUCUGGUCGAGGCGGCGAUAUGGAACAGAGAGGAGGAGGAUGAACGCAGGGAAAGGUCAAUGGGGUGA